AUGUCGUCGAUACAAUGUGUGUCUAUGUUAAAAUCACUUUUUAAAUCUGAUAAUUUUGAUGAAAUUAUUGAGCUCAAGGCUGCACCUUUCAUUUUCAAAGUAAAGAUGGCAUUAUUAUUACCAUUACCGGCGGAAAUAGUUGUAGUCGUGGCAGUAAUAGAUGGCAUUGUUGUUUUUUUUUGUAUUAAUGUUUUGGGAAUAAUGACAGGUAGGAGGUUAAAGAGUAAAGAAGUUGGAGAAUUAUUUAAUGAUAAAGAAAAAUGUCAUAGUAUUAGAUUUGAAGUAUUUGUUAAAGAGCAAAAUUGUUCACCCGAAGGAGAAAUUGAUGAAUCUCAAGGAAUUGGAACAAGAUUAUUGGAAGAAAUCGAAAAGUUUGGAUAUAAUGAAUUGAAAAUUUCAAAUUUUAUUUUACAUGCUCAAUUUGAUAAAAAAGAUUGGUAUGAACAAAGGGGUUAUAAAAUAUCAUUAUCAUCCAAAUAUAGCAACUAUAAUGAUAAUAAUUAUGAAAUAUUUUAUGAAGAGAAUAUUCCACACGUUAGAAUGGAAAAGCAAUUUACAAAUAAAACAAAAAAAAAUACAUUUUUGAUAUUGGGCUUAAGUGAUUCUGGCAAAACCUCUUUAUUUGGAAAAUUACAAUAUGAAAAAUCAAUACAAACACAUACAUCAAUGAAAGAAAAUGAAGGUUAUAUUAAACUAUACGAAGAUAGUAUAGAAUUAACAAAGGAUCAAAUCCAUUUUGUGGAUAUUCCAGGACAUGAGAAAUUACGUUUUAAAUUCACAGAUUUUAUACCAAUCACACAUGGAAUAGUUUUUUGUAUUGAUAGUUCAACUUUUACAAGAAACAUAAGAUCUAAUGCAGAGUAUUUGUAUGACAUAUUUUCAAAUAAAGAUGUAAAUAAAUUUAAGAUUAGAACAUUAAUAAUAUGCAAUAAGAGUGAUUUAAUAACAGCCUUGCCACCAGAACGUGUUAAAACAUUAUUGGAAAAUGAAAUUACACGCACAGCAGCUUUAGAUCAUCAAGGUUCAUCAUCGAUGGAAGACGUUGACGAAAUGGAAUUCUUAGGAUAUGAGACGGAAGAUUUUAAAUUUGAACAUUUAGAAAAUGAUGUUGAAUUUAAAAAAUGUUCAGUGGAAAAUAAUGAAAUUUCCGAAAUUAAAUAUUGGAUUUCUGAUUAUUGA